CAGAACGAAACACCCUCACUAGUGGUUCGGCCUUUCCAUCUGCCGUUCGCCCAGCGUGUUCUCCCUCUAGUGCGGCAACUGGGCGACCGCCGCCGCCGCUCUACUCCGGGUGCCCAGGCGUUCGUCCGUACCUUCUCAGGCCUUCAUCGCGUCCUUCGCCGGCGACGAUCACCGACAAGGAUGGAAAGAACAAUUAAUUCCUUGAUGUACAAAGGAUCUAUUCCUGAUGCAAUUAAUCAAUCAAGAAGGGAGAAGAAGCUCUUUGUAGUCUACAUAUCAGGUGAAGAUGAGGCUUCCAGUAGUUUGGAACAGUCAUCACUGAUUGAUGAAAACGUGGUUGAAGUGAUCGGUAGAUGUUGCAUCUUAUUGCAUCUCAAGCAAGGCAAUGUUGAUGCAUCACAGUUUUCAGCUAUCUAUCCCCAGAAGUCUGUACCAAGUAUAUCAGUGAUUGGACUGAAUGGAGUUCUGCUGUGGAAUCAUGAUGGAUAUAUCAACUCUGAAAAUCUGAAAGAAAGCAUUGAGAAAGCGUGGGCUGCUCUUCAUCUACAGGAGACAGCAGCGACCUUGUUGACAGCAUCACUUGCUACAAGAAAUUCUGAACCUGUGAAUUCUGCUACUACUGUUUUGCCAGCUCAAGGGGGCUCUUCUACUUUAGAAAAUCCUUCUGAUUUAUCCAGUCAAUCACCAGAUGUUUCUGGUGCCAGUGAAGUUGCUCAUUCAACUGAUCUGGUAUCACAAAUUCCUAAUAGCACUGCCCUUUAUGAACCUCUUGAGAUAAAUGAAAAAGAAGGGUCAAAAUCAAACUCGGAUGAUAAAACUGUUGAGAAGCUAGGUUCAACAAGUACUGAAUUUGAUUGUGAUUUGCUUGAUAGUUCAAGGAAGUCAAAUACGGUCAGUUCUGCAGAUUCGAAGGGAGAAGACAUUACACCAUCAGCAAAAAGAAAGAACAAAGAUGAUGGAAGUCACACUUCUAUUCCCUUGGAGGAUACUCCUAGUACACUCACUAAUAAAGGAGUUUCUUCCCAGUCACGCGUGGAACAAGACAAGGCAACUUCUUUUGUUUCUGUGAAGUCAGAUGAUAUUCAGCUUAGUAUUCGUAUGCCCAGUGGAAAUAGACUGGAGAUCAAACUAACAAAACAAGAUGUUUUAAGGAAAGUGAAGAAUUUCGUGGAUGAAAACCAAGGCAAUGGGCUUGGCUCAUAUGACCUUUCUCUGGUUUAUCCUAAAAGAGUUUUCUUUGAACAAGAUAUGGAAGCAACACUAUCCGAGCUGGGUAUUCAAAACCGUCAUGCAAUGAUUGUUGUUCCACAUCGGCAGUCUGGUCAGGUAUCAAGGCGUCACUCCUCGGCAUCUUAUGAUAUGGGUGUCAAUUCAGGUGCGGAUGAUGUUGGUGGCAAUUCAGGUGCGGGGGGAUACUUUGGUUACCUGAGAACCGUCCUGUCUUAUGUGAAUCCACUCUCCUACCUGAGGGGAAAUACCAACUCAUCAAAUACAGAGCUACAGUCAAAUGAAGGCCUGCGGCAGCUUAGACAUGGAUCUGGUCCAUGGAGUGAGCCACGGCCUCUUGGCAAUAGGGGCCAUGAAGUGACUGAUGCAGACUCUGCAAACACGCUGCGAAGGCGGCCUAGACCAUUUGGUGCCAAUAUCCACACUCUGGGGAGCGAGGAUCAUGGUCCGUCUGAUGAAAGAAAUGUUUUCUGGAACGGGAACUCGACAGAGUUUGGAGGCGACGACAGAAAAUAGGUUGUGGCGUGGCUGGCAGGGCCUGGGACGACACUAUCAGACAGAAUCAAAGUUGCGAAUAGACAGCUGAAACAAAUGCCUCGACAGGCUUAUUGAGGAAUAAGUAUUGAGAUUAUAGUGCUGAAAUAAUCGCUGAAUUGUGAUGUUUACAUUUGUGGAAACAU